AUGUACCGCCAGUGUCUCGCGUUUAUCUCGGCAGUUAUUCUUAGUGAGGUCAAACGCGACUCACAUUUUCCUUUUUUUUUAAAAAUAUUUUUUUCAGACAAUUUUUUUAAUUAUAUGGUAUUUUAAUGGUUUAGUUGAAUGAUAGAAGUAUAAAAAAAAAGAUCUUUUUUUUCUACUUUUUUAAAAAUUUUACCUUGGUUAAUUUCGCCCUAAAAACGGACUAUACCUUCUUUUUUCAGCUUUUUCUACACGACGGUACGAAAAAUUCUUCAAGUUCCUCGAUAUUCGCUACAGUCGAAUUGUCUCAUUUUCAUGUAAGAUUUGAAAAAAAAAUGAAAAGGUUCAUGGUAAAACAAAAUUGAGUUUCGAAGCAUUAUUGAAUCGGGCAAAGGCGGAAUGGUGAAGAAUGGCUGCUAAAAGGGAGAGGCUCAGAAAAAGUCGCAGAAAGGCAGAAAAAAGGCAGCAAAAAGGCCGCAAAAAGGCAGCGAAAAGGUAGCAAAGAGGGUACCUUUAUCGAGCCUUCCAUUUUUAGGGCAUAAGGGCCGAUAGAAUGGCGUAAAAGGGCAGCAGAAAGGGAGCCUUCAUCACCCUAAAAGGAACAUUUCUAUGGUCUUUUAUGGACCCUCGGAGGGUCCUUCCGCCUUUGCCUAUGUUGAGGCUUAAGCUUAUAGUUCUUAAAUUCUUGAAUUCUUCUUUUUUUCGGGUUACUGUAUUCAAAAAAAGUACGUAUUAUAGUAAACUAUGUUAUGGGAAAUUUUUUUAGUGGCCACUAUAGAGGUUCUGAAUUUAGUGGCCACUUCAGUAGUCUUCAUCCAGUAUUCCUUCCAGUAAUUCUGAUAAUUUUAAAACAAACAGAUGAGACCAGUUAUGUUGAUCCAUUGACCCCUAAAGUGGCCACUAAUUUGACUACUAUAGUGCCACUAAAACUUCGAAACCAUAAAGUGGCCACUAAAAAUUUUCUCACUUGUGUAGUUUCUUUUUAACUUACAAAUUUUGUACUGAAGGUUCUAAUUUCCUUUUUAUUUAUUCAUCUUUUUUGACAUUUCCCUUUUUUCACUUUUCAGAUAUCCGUGCCCAAGAAGGUCUACAUUAUCAUACCUUUAAGUGAUUUUUCUAUAUUUUCCCAGUUUUAAGUGAAUAUCCGAUUUUUCUCCCUUCUCUAGGCUUCUUUUAGGCAAUAGAAAACGAUUAUUCGAAUUUUUGGAUUACUGUAUCCAAUUUGUCUGCAAUUUGUCGAUUUGGGGUACGGUAUGCAAUGAUUUCAGUCAUUUUCCCGGAGCUCGAGUGGAUUUGGAAGCAUUUGUACCGGUUCACACAGCUCUGUCAGUACGAGGCUCCGUUGGUUAACGGCCUUUCCGAUGUGUUCGUUUUUUACAGAUUCUUUUGAAAAUCCUCUUUUCGUGGAUUUCUCUUUACGUCUAGAACGUUCUAUCCAACAAAACCGUCCGCAGAUUUUUUUUCUAGAUACGAUCGAAGAAAAUCGGGUGAAGCCGCUGAUAGCAUGGAUCUACUGAAAUUGCUCCUGAACAAGGAGAAUAAUGAAGAAAAGGUAAAUUUUUGGACGAUUACGGUAGAUUACUGUAGUACGAGUGGUUACUGAAUAAAGUAUUAACAAUAGCUUCGGUGCAAAAACGUCGAAAUUAUUUUGUUUGAACUUUUGAUAGAGAAGAGAAACAGGGAAGUUAAAGAAAUUAAAUAAUUUUUUUUUAAAGCCGCUGGAAUUACAUGACCGCACUGGGAUUGGCUCGGAAGCCUCAAAAUGGCCUAUUUUAACGAAUUUUUAGUUUUUCUUUGACUUUUCUUGGUCUUUUCUCAAAAAAUAGAGAGCUGGGCAGGGAAAGACUAGUACAUCAAGGAGCGUUCUGAACAAUUUUCAGGAAAAUUCCAAUCGCAAAGUAAAAUUACCUCCCUUGUCUUUGGUUCGGAUCCUGAGGACUUUCACGCUCUUUUUUUGGCUUUUUAUGGAAAUUUCGAAUUUUGCACACUAUUAACUGUACUUCGGAGAAGAAAUAAUAAUCCAGAAGCAAGAAUUUGUUUAUUAAGUUUACUUUAACAUCAUAUUUUUUUCUUUCAAAAAAAGCUCUUUUUCCUACAAUUUUCUUUACAAAACUUAGCUCUCUGAACUUUCAGCCCCUCACAAAGCAACAAGUCGUCGAGAACUGCUUCGCCUUCCUUCUCGCCGGCUACGAGACAACCAGUACGGCCCUCACUUUCUGCACCUAUCUUCUGGCCAAACAUCAGGAUGUUCAAAGAAAGUUGUACGAGGAGAUCGCGGCGACCAAGGAGGAAAAGGUUUUUUUGUUCAUAUUUAUUUUAAAGCUUGGGCUGCGCCGUAGCGCAACAGGUUGUGUGCCUGACUAAGGUCCACAGGGUCACGAGUUCGAUCCCCGCCUCGACCCAACCAAGGGGUUUAAGAAAUGUUGGUAGUGGGAAACCACGACUUCAAAAUCCCCAGCCGUCACACACAAGGACGAUUAUGUCACUAGAGCCAGUCCACUGAUUAUCACUGACAUCAAAAUAAACCCCCCCCCCUCGUAGGACUAGGACCACCCCGCUCAAGCGGUACAAAGGCGUGGGAGGAAGAUGAAGAUGAUUGAUUUAUUUUGAAGCUUGACAAAUUUUAUUCAUUAUUAUUUGAACAGAGCAAAAGCCCUUUUUGGGAUUGAGAAAAAUUUUUUUCCAAAAUUUUUUUAACAAGGAGAGUUAGGAACAUUGAGCGAUUUUUGAAAAGUUCAUUCUCAGCGUUGGAUUUCAUAUCAUCAGAUAGAUAGGACAUUCAAAAAGACGAAAAUUUUUGAUUUUUGAAAGAAUAUUGACGUUGAGCCGAGUUACAAUGAUUUUAGUGACAGCCAGACGGUGAAAAAAAUCGAAAAAAAAGUUCGAGAAAAUUUUUUCCUCCAUUUUUUCUUGUUUAAACUGUCCAAUAUCAAAUUAAUCAAUCUCAAAAAAAUUGAUCAUAUGAAGGUAUAAAUACACAUUGAAAUCAAGUGAAUAAUAAACGCCGACAAAAAGAAAGCGAAAAUCUUUUUUCCAUUCCAAAAGAAUUUUUUGAAGAGUUUCGCCGUUUUUUAUAUUUCAUUCUUCUCUGAAAACCGAAAAGUAACUGUUAAAAAAACAAGAAAACCCGAUUUCAAAACUAUAAAUAAAUAUCUAUCCACAAAAAAAUAAUGAUAUCACGUCCAUCAGAAAUUAUCCUGAAGUGAAAAAAAUGACCUUUUUUUCUUUCAAGAAUGAAGGUCGUUAUAUGUUUCUGAACUAUAUGAAAUGAUUAUCAUUUGAAUGAAAUUUGAUCAGUUUUUCUCUUUCUUCUUGAUAAAAAAACAAAACCAAAAAACCAAAUUCGUUUUUUUUAAAAAAACAGUGAAAAAUAGCCUUGUUUUUACAAGGAAGGUUUCAUUUUUUUGAGGUUUUUUUGAAAAUUGGCCACACUUCUCGAAAAAAACCAGAGAAAAAAAUAUUUCAAUCUUUCAGAUAUGAAAAAAAGUUUAAAAAAAUCAUAUCUCGGCUCGAAAUGUUAAGAAUCGGCUAAAAACAAAAUUUUUUUAACGUCCUCAACGGGUUUUCUUUCAUAUAAAAAUUAUUUGAUACCCUCAAAACCCCAUAUGAUCUUGAAAAUAUUGAUUUUUCCAUCUCUCUCUGGGGUCAAUUUAGUCAUUCUAGACUUCAAAAAGUCAUAUCUCGGCUCAAAAAAUUCAUAAUCGGGUAAAAUAAAAGUUUUAAACGUUCUCAGAGGGUAUUCUUUCAUAUUAAACCAUCUGGUAUCCUUAAAAACACAUAGGAUUUUUGAAGUAUCGUUUUUUCCUUGCCCUGGGUCAAUUUUUUCAUUCUAGACUUCGAAAAUUCAUAUCUCGGCUCAAAAUUUUCAGAAUCGGGUAAAAUAAAAGUUUUUACGUUUUUGCGGGGUUCUCUUUCAUAUGAAAUUAUCAGAGACGCUUAAGAACCGAUAAGUUUCUUCAAAUACCAAUUUCGCCUUACGACUCCUGAAAGCUAGAGAAAACUCCCAAAACCAGUGAAAAUCGGCCAUUUUGGGCUUUGAACCUUUUUUUUGGAAAAAAACUAAGAUUUUUCAAAGGUUUAAACUUUCAGAAUUUCCACCUGGUAAACUAGAAAAGUUUGAAAAAAUCCCCCAACGGAAAGUAAAAUUACCUCCUUUUCCAGAAAAAUGUUUUAUCUUGUUUAAUUUCUGUGAUAGAGCCAGAAUAAAACGGAAAAAGGCUUAUUUUAACUCAAGGAAAAAAUUGCAAAGAAUUUUUUGAAGCGAUAUAAAAUUAAAUUUGCAGGGUCUCAAUUUCGACACGAUCCAUUCGAUGAAAUAUCUUGAUGCCGUGUUCAAGGAAAGCUUGAGGAUGUAUCCUCCAGUUAUUCAGUAAGUUCAAUUUUCAACUAAUUCGAAAAAAAAAGAGAAAAAUCAGAGAAAUUCAGUCAGAUUUUUGGGAAAAUCGACAAAAACUCCCUCCGGAUCCGAUCCAAAGACCCUACAAUUCAAAAAGAGACCUUUUAGCCUUUCGGCCAAACUUACAUUUUUUUCGCAGUUUUAAAUGUGAAUAUUAACCUGCAAAACCGAGAAUUGCAACAAUUACAAAAAAAAAAAAAUUCAAAAUGCGCACUUUUGCAAAAUUCACAAGAUUACUCAACACAAAAAAACGAUAAAAAAAUCAAAAAAAUUUCUGCGUAACAUUAAAUCGAAGAACGUCCGGACACGAUUAAAUAAUAAGAAAACAAAAAAUAAUCAUUAACAAAUUAAAAAAUCGAGAAAAUUUAUCAACAAGAUAUUGACAUAAUUUCAAGGAGUAUUCAAAACUCAUUUCACCGUUUCUAGACUUUAUAUAAAAGAAUGAUUAAUUCUCGUUUCAAUAGAUAAGUGAAUAUACAAAUCAUCACUUAAUAAAUAAAUUCUUGCCUCUGAAUUUUUAUUUCUUCUCCGAAUUACAGUUAACAAAGUGAAAAAUCAAGAAUCUCCCAAAAAGGAGCCGAAAAAGCAAAAAACAUCCUCAGGAUCCGAACCAAAGACUCUUACAAGGGAGGUAAUUUUACAUUUUCCUGAAAAUUGUUCAGAACACUCCUUGAUGUACUGGAAGAAGAUUCUAAGAGUCUCAACCUGCCCAACUCUCUAAUUUUUGAGAAAAGACGCCUCAAAGUAGAAGAAAACCCUCAAAAUCCAUAAACAUAAGCUGUUUUAAGCUCUUAGUUUUGGAAAAAUAGGAAGUCGUGCAGGUUGAGAAUUUCAGGAUCUUCUUCUGGUACAUCAAGAGGUGUUCUGGCCGGUUUUCAGAAAUUCCCAACCGCAAAGUAAAAUCAUUUUCCUGUUAGUUCCAAAACUGAUUUUUUAUUAUAGGUGAUAUUAUAAAAAAUGACAUAAAUUUUCGUUAAAAAGAUCCGAACCAAAGACCCUAAGUUUUGGAAUUUUGCUCUUUAACCGUAAGACUAAAGCUAUCUUUCUACAAAAGUGUAGUUUAUAAAAUUUGAAAUUUUUAUUUUUGUUAAACCACAUAAAUUUCCAUUGAAAAAGGAAAAAUAGCAAAAAUCCUCGACAGGAUCCGAACCAAAGACCCUCCAUUCCUCAAAAACCUCCUUGACCAUUCAGCUUCGUCAACCGCGUCUGCCUCGAGGACAUAACGAUUAAUGGACAAUUCAUCCCUAAGGGGACCUUUGUGGCAGUCCUACCGUAUACCGUACACAUGAACGAGGAAAAUUGGCCCAGGGCCAAGGAAUUCAUUCCGGAAAGGUUUGACCAUACUACAUACACGCUUCAAGAUGCUCCAUCAUGAAAAAAUAACUUUAUUUUAUAAUAAGAUGGAUAUUAUAUGUUCAAAAAUCCAGAAAAAGGGUUGAAAAUUGAAAAUUGGUCGCACUGAGAAUGGUUCGAGGGAUCGCGCCCGACCAGAUACGACUUUCGCGCUGCGAUAUAUAUAUCUCCUCUUUAACUAUCUCUCACCCUCAAAAACUCUCAAAUUGGUUGCAUUUGGAAUGACUUUUCGUCGCCUAAUCGAAGAUAAAUAUCAAAAUGAACUUUUCCAGUAAGGUUAGACAAGACUACAUACGUUUCAAUAACUUUAUUUGUGAAGAAUAAAAUUCAUCAGAUAAUCCUGUCUCAAACUACAUUGGAUAAAAAAAAAUUGAAAAAAGCCAUUUUGGGCUGAAAAAAAAAUGUUUCGUUUCUUAUUUUCGACUUUUUGAGCGUUUUCAGGUCACACUUGAAAUGGAUUUUUGGCGCGAAAUUCGAAAUUCGUCUCUAGAAAUUCCAAAAUUGUCCAUUUGGCCGCACUGGGAAUGGCUUUUGCCGCCGAAUCUCGAUUUGCAUGACUUUGCCUGAGACGAGAGAGAGCUUAGAGUUCAGAGAACUUGUUGUCCCCGCAAAAAAAAAUAGUCCAGCGCGCAAGUAACUUUUGGUCGGUUGCAACUCCGAAAUUGCAAUUUUCUUAUGGAAUUCUCAUCAAAACCAUCUCUUAUGAUAUCUUGUUUCAGAUUCCUCGACUGGAACGACAAGGGGUCACUUAAGUGGAUUCCUUUCGGGGUUGGCCCUCGUUUCUGUGUCGGCAUGAGGUUUGCCGAAAUGGAGUUCAAAAUGUCCCUUGCGAGGCUGAUUGAACGAUUCGAAUUAAAAUUACCGGAAAAUGCACAGGUAAGGUCCAAAAAAAGUUCAAAAAUGAGAUAAAUUCACUUGAAAGUUCCUGCGACCGACUUGAAGUGACUUACGACCGUUUGUAUUUUUCAUAGGAGAAAAAUAGGCUUUUCUUAGUGAAAAUCGAUUGCCACAAGACCUUAAAAAAAAGAAAACUUUCAACUUUUUUCAAAUCGACAUUCUUUUGGAUUAUCCUUGGAGCACACAAGAAUUUCAUUUCGUAGCUAUUUUUUUCAAUAUGUUUACCCCCUUUUUCGGAUGACUGAGAAUACUGAAGCUAGUACAUAAACUUUAGAUUUACUUCUUGAAACAGUAAAAUUGAAAAAAGCUCAAUUUUCCAGGAAAUGAUCCCGAUGGUCAACGGCGUCAUUAUGCGGCCCAAGGACCCGGUCAAUGUCAUUUUGAAUAAAAGGUCUUGA